AUGUUCGGUGUAUGGCGCUUGAUUGUCGCCUGCGCCCUUCUUCUUCCUGCUGUACAGCUAAGAGAAUCGAAGCCAUCUAUAAAGACGUCAUAUUUCCCUAGCAUCCCUGGUCAGCUUCGCUAUUUUGAUGCUUCUAGCACUGUCCUGUGGCAUGACACGACGCACGGGGUCGUAUAUUCCAGUCUUGACGAGGGCAAGACAUGGGCUCCUAUUAAGGGACCAGCUGCUGGAGAUGUGCGAUUUUUGAUCAUGCAUCCCUACGAUUCGCGCCAAGCUUAUGUUCUCUCGAGCGGGCUUGAACACUGGCGCACGUCCAACCGUGGACAGACGUGGCAGCGUUUUCAAACUCCUGAUCCGCCCACUGAUCGCUUGAGUUAUCCGCUUGACUUUCAUGCAGAUGAAAAACACUACAACUACGUCAUUUUUACAGGAAAGCGUUGCGAGAAUGGAUUUUUCAAGAGCGUUUGCCACGAUGUUGCCUAUUAUACCACCGAUGGAUUUGCCUCCCAUCCCAAGCUGAUGCUGGAACCUGUGGUACACUGUCGGUGGGCCAAAAUGACCAAAGAGUUGAGCAUCCCAGAGCAGUCUAUGAACAAAGCAUAUUGCAUUGCAUGGGAUGAAAGUGUCCAACGGGGAGCUGCCCAAAUGUCCAAGCGUGACAGUCUUAAGAACCGUCUCUUUGAAAGCACAGACUUUUUCCAGUCGCGGAAGCCCGUCGUAUUUGACGAUCUGGAAAACCCGCGUGGAUUUAUGGAAUUGGGCAAGUCACGGCAUUUUUUGAUCACCGCUCUACAAGACAACACGCCAGGCUAUGGCGGCGAGCUUCGUAUGUAUGUCACUCGAGAUGGCGAGUCAUGGAAACGCGCCCGCUUUCCUCAUGGCCAACUUAUGCAUGAAACUGCGUACACUGUACUGGAUGGUCCCAAAUAUCAUCUCAUCGUGGAGGUGUUGGAUGGAUCUAGUCAGAAUGGUAUCCUAUUUAUGAGCGAUGGAUCAGGGACAAACUUUUCCAUGAGUAUUCCUAAUGUACAGCGCAAUCAAAAUGGCUUUGUGGAUUAUGAGCACCUAGCUAAUAUUGAGGGCGUGGCUAUUGUAAAUGUUCAGCUGCAAGACAAGGUCCAUCGCGUUCAAACACGCAUUACGCAUGAUGAGGGUGCAUCAUGGUUUGCUCUGAAUCCGCCAUCACAUGAUGUGGAUGGGCACAGUUUCGGGUGCAAUACAAACUAUCCAGAUACGUGUGCCUUGCAUCUGCACGCCGUCACAUCUAUUCGCAAUCUUGGACGCGUGUUUUCAUCCACAGCCCCGGGACUGGUCAUUGGUGUUGGCUCAGUGGGAGACAGAUUGCGACCCUAUGAAGACUGCGAUACUUAUUUAAGCACCGACGCAGGUGUGAGUUGGACUAUGAUUGCCCGUUACCCCCACAAGCAUGUAUUCGGCGAUCAAGGUGGGCUGCUUGUCCUUGUGCAAGAUUCGCAGAAUGUGGACCAACUCUUGUAUUCCUUUGAUUACGGAGCCACAUGGAGUACUAUGUCACUACCACAUCCUAUCGAACCCGUUGCUCUCACGACGGUGCCUGAUGGUACGGCGCUCAAAGUGCUUCUCAUUGGAUCACAGAAACGCGGAUCUGUCUCCGAAGACAAGCGACACAUGUCUGUGUUUGUGGACUUUGCCAAUCUAAAUAAGCGCACUUGCCAAGCAAAAGAUUUUGAAAAGUUUUAUCCCCAGACUCCAGGUUCCAAAUGCUUAUUUGGGCAUAAGCAAUGGUUUCUGCGCCGCAAAGCCCUUGCUGACUGUUUUGUGCGCGAAAAAUUCCACGAGCCCCAGGGCAAGGAGGAACCGUGCACUUGUACGCAGGCUGACUACGAAUGCGAUAUUGGCUUCGAGCGGAAGAAGGAUCAAUGUAUACCAAGCAAGCCCAUUGAAAUCCCUCCUGGCGCUUGCUCGCGCGGCCAAUCCACAUUUAUGGGCCCCAGUGGCUAUCGCCGUAUCCCUGGCAAUACUUGCGAGGCACCGCGCGAUGGCAGCCUUGACGCGCUGGUCCAAAGGCCCUGUUCGGAAGGAGAGCCUGCCCAAGGUUCUGUAUCACACAGUCGCUUCGAUUUUCCUGCCCCUGUGGUCGAAGUGCUGCAUUUCCGCGUAUCUCCUCACAUUCUUGCACGGCUACGGGAUGGCCAACUUUUCCAGUCAGCGGAUGAUGGCAGUACAUGGCAUAGGGUGGGACUGACCGUGGACGGACGAGUGGCUGACGUAGCUCUGCGGCUCAUUGCUCAUCCCUAUGAAAACCAGAAGGCCUUUGUCAUUACUUCCAACACAAGGGUCCAUUUUACUGCGAACGGUGGUGUGACGUGGAGCUGGUUUACUGUCCCUCUCCCACCCAAUAUGCUUGGACUAGAUCCGCUAGGGUUUCACCCUGAGCAUCCCUCAUGGCUGCUUUGGACAGGGGCACGGGACUAUAUGACGCAGUGGGGCGAUAUUGUCAAAAGUAAUUCAAAUGGCACUUAUUAUGCCCUAUCACUAGAGAAUGUUAACCGUGAUGUGAAGGGCUUUGUUGACUUUGAAAAAAUGCUCGGACUUGAUGGGAUUGCCCUUGCUAAUGUGGUUUCAAAUAUCGAGGAGGCUAGUCUUUCGGGCGUUAAGCAGUUGCGCACUAUGAUUACUCACAACGAUGGCGGUCACUGGAAGCCUUUAGAUGCGCCAGCUGUGGACUCCCACGGCUCUCCCUAUGCCUGCAAUCAAGUGGGGUGCAACCUACACCUUCAUAACCUACUUGAGCGUCCGGACUUGCGCGUUACGCUGGGUAGUCCGUCGGCUACAGGCUUCAUGCUAGCGACAGGUAAUGUGGGCCGGUCUUUGUUACCCUAUGCACAGUGCGAUACAUUUUUGACCCGGGACGGCGGUUUCACUUGGGAAGAGGUACACAAAGAUACAUUUAAGUGGGAAUUCGGCGAUCACGGUUCUAUUAUUGUGCUGGUGGACGACAAGCACGCCACAGAUUCGCUACUGUAUACGCUGGACCAAGGCUUGUCCUGGAAUUCCUACCGAUUUGGUGAGAAAGUGCGUGUUUCAACCUUGGACACUGUCCCUGAGGACACCAAACGUAAGUUUGUACUCAUGGGCGAGUCACAGGGGCGCUCUACUGCUAUCUUCCUGGAUUUCACUCGCGUGCUGAACCGCCCGUGUGUGUUUGAUACCAAAAACGAGCAACGCAACGACUUUGAAAAGUGGAGCCCAAGUCAACAGCGUGAAGAAGCGUGCCUCUUCGGCAGCCAAACAUGGUUCUGGCGCCGCAAACGCGACCGCGUGUGCUACGUGGGACAAGCGCUGCCCGAGCACGAGAUGGAACGAAAGCCAUGCGCAUGUUCGGACGCAGACUUUGAAUGCGAGUUCAACCACUAUCGCGAUUCCCAUGGAAACUGCGUCCUGUAUCCGGGUAUGACUACCUUACCCAGUGACGAGGGCGAUCAAUGCUCUCCAGACAACCCCGACUAUGAUGGCUACUGGUAUGAGCGCACAAAUGUACGAAAGAUCCCUCUUUCGCGCUGCACAGGCGGAGAACGCCCAGACCGCGGUCGGCGUCACGUUUGUAAAGCCGCGCCGAAAGGCCACAGCUUCCUCUGGGUGUUUUUCGUUCUUAUUGUGGCCUGUGUACUCGUAUAUUCUGUGGCGCAGUGGUGGUUGCGCCAAGGCUACCAAGCUUUGUCACUGGACGAGUUCCAUCAAUCACAGACUCUCCGCAACGUAUCGGAACAUUUCCAUUUGGCUGCUCAAUUCGUGGGUGGACUUUUCAGUCUUGUAUGGGCCAACCUAAUGAACUUUGUGAAUGAGCUCCCUUGGAUGCGGGGUAGAAUCCGUUCAGAUCGUCCCUUCUCAAACUACCAUAUUCUCUCUACGGACGAAGAUGCCGAAAUCUUACAGGAUUACGGCAGCGAUUUGGACGUGGAAUAG